UGGGAUAAUUACCUGUCACAACACAGACGGCGCUGCGACUAGACACGCCUUAGUUGGACCUAUCAGUUAUAGGUCUUAGUUAUAGGUCUAUAACUUCUCUCUGCUGAUUUACUAGCAGUUAACGGAGGACUGUCUGUCAGGACGAUUUUAUUCCCUUAUACAGAAACUUGAAUCAGUAACAAAUUAUGAAUCCAAAUGGGAGUGAUGACACACAGAACACUGGACCGAACCGCGGAGUGAACGGAACGCAAAUGGAUGGGAAUGAGAAUUACUCCACAGACCAAAACACCCAACCUCAAGAUUCUAGGAAUCCUAGACACUCAGAUGGAUACACCAUGAUCCCACCGAAUGAAUCAAGACGAGGCAAACUGCUGAGGAUGUCACAGACAGAACAAGAGGAUUGGCAGAGAUGGAAGGAGGAACAUCGUCCUGGCCCUGUUCAGCUGGCCCCAGUGAGGCUAGGGGGAGCUGAAUCAUUGCCAGAGGUACGACAGAGACAGCAAGCAGCGAGCCAACGCUCUAAACUCCAAAAAAAGCUCCAGCAAGAGGACAUGGACCGACGCAAAAGACAAGCAGAAGAAGAAGAGAAUGAGAAGAAGAAGGCCAAACAGAGAGAAAAGGCCAACAAAUUAGAAUGGAAGAAAAAGCAGGAGGAGGAAGAGAGAAAGAAUCUGUACCAACAUGAUCUUCUAAUGAAAAGAGAAGCGCAUCUUCAAAAGCUCGAAAGAUCCAGUUCAGUUCCUAUGGCAGCGAGCAGCUCCACACCCACAUCAUCUUGGGCUCGAGGGCAUGAACACAGGGAGGCCAGGAAGGCUGAGGAACAAGAUAACCUGCAGCAGAAAAAAGAUGAGCAAAGGAGGAAGAGUCAAAUUUUGGAAGAAAAAAAUAAACAAGAAGAAGAGGACAAGAAAAGACAAAUGGAAAAUGAACGGUUGCGGGUGAACUCGACCUUCCUAGACAGACUGGAGGCGAGAGGAUCAGGUACAGCGUCUGAGUCGCUCCCCAGCACCCCGGAGCUUGGUAAUGUCUGGCAGAUGGAGGAACCGCAGGACCCUGCCUCAUCCCCUGUGUCCUUCCCAUCACAGCUCCACACUGACAGCGCAGCGGUGGAGGAUUCUGACAUAGAAUGGGUUGUGUUGAAGCUGCAGUCGAUGUUCUCUUACUGUGAGCGAAAAUAUCUGGAAGACAUCGUCUCUCAGUGUAACGGCAAUUACCAACAAGCUUAUGACCUACUCAAUGCUUAAAUGAGAAUGCCAUUGGCUCAAUCUUUUAGGGUUGGAGGCACAACUAGCUUAACAUUAUUUUUACCUUGAUUCUAAGUAUGAUAGUAGCUGAACUAUUUAUAAAAAUUGUUUUUCCUGUAACAUGCUACUUUUUCACCAAGAAGCACUGGAGUGGUUUGACACACAACACCCGAUCACUAUUUAAAGCCAUGUUCAUCAAUGAUUAUGUUCAUAAAUGAUUUAAAUAGCGACGAGUGUAUGGAUAAUAGCUUGUAUUAGCUAUUUUUAGUUGCUAGCUUCUUUAUCAAAUGGGUAGUUUGGCUUUAGCAUUGCUAUUUUAAAUCAUAAAGUUGUUUGUAGCUGAAAAGGUACAAUUUUAAAGGUGUGUUUUCAACAGUGCAGAUCUUAUAGACAAACACAUUAUUUUUAAGAAAGAUACUCAAGAAAGAUUCACUGUUAAGAUUGUUUUUCCUUUGCUCUCUGUCUAUAAUAAAUAAAUCUUCCUUUUAACCUA